AGAGGGAGGAGGUGAUCGUGCUUCUUUUCUCCAGGAAUACCAGACAGAUCCUCUGAUUUACUCCGUGAACUGACUUUAGUGCAGGUCCAUCUUUAAGAUUCCCGUUUUAAUCGCCGUGUUCCCCGUGCUGGAUGCAGAUUCCGUUCCCGCGGAGGACCGAGAGUAAACCCAUGGGUUCCCCGAGCAGAAUCCCGUGAGCUUCAUCGCGCUUGGAAUAUAUGUGACAAAAAAAAUCGCCCAAACGCGCAUAUCUGGAGCAUAUCUGCCUCGAGCUAUUCUGCUGAUUCUGGGAUUCGCACACUUCAGGCCUCGCUGGAAGAGUUCAGACAUGGCGGACAGCGAAGACACAUUUCGGCUCCAGAACUCUCCGAGUGACUCCGAAUCAAAAGAUUUACAAACCGAGGGUAAAUCAGAGAAACAGAACGGAGCAUCGAGCAAAUCCCCAUCCUCACAGACAACAUACAUUCAACAGGGAAUGGAGGGGAUAAAGGUGUACUUGCACGAGCGAGAGUUGUGGGCAAAGUUUCAUGAAGUGGGAACUGAGAUGAUCAUCACCAAAGCAGGGAGGCGGAUGUUUCCCAGCUUCAAAGUGAAGGUCACCGGGUUGAACCCCAAAACCAAAUACAUUCUUCUGAUGGAUGUCGUGCCGGCCGAUGACCACCGCUAUAAAUUCGCCGAUAACAAAUGGUCUGUGACGGGGAAAGCCGAGCCUGCGAUGCCGGGGAGACUGUAUGUGCACCCGGACUCUCCGGCCACCGGCGCGCACUGGAUGAGGCAGCUGGUGUCCUUCCAGAAGCUCAAGCUGACCAACAACCACCUCGACCCCUUCGGACAUAUCAUCCUGAAUUCCAUGCAUAAAUAUCAGCCCAGGAUCCACAUCGUGAAGGCAGAUGAAAAUAAUGGAUUUGGGUCCAAAAACACCGCGUUCUGCACUCACGUGUUCCCCGAGACGGCCUUCAUCGCAGUCACCUCUUACCAGAACCACAAGAUCACACAGCUGAAGAUCGAGAACAAUCCCUUCGCGAAGGGCUUUCGAGGAAGCGACGACAUGGAGUUGCAUCGCAUGUCCCGAAUGCAGAGCACUAAGGAGUAUCCGGUGGUUCCUCGCAGUACGGUCCGCCAGCGGGUCGGCACCAGCGCCAGUCCGUUCGGCGGAGACGUCCAGGUUCUGUCCGCUCCCGGGGCCAUGAGCUCCCAGUACUGUGAGAACGGGGUGUCGAGCUCGACCCAGGCCCAGUCCGCUUACCCGCUGGCCCACGAACACCGGCAGGACUACCACUGCAUCAAGAGGAAAGCUGAGGACGACUGUCCCGCGGGAGAGCACUCGUACAAGAAGAGCUACGUGGAAAGUUCAUCCAGCGAAGACGAUCACUACUACCGGCCCGUGAGCUACUCGCAGGCCCUGGGUCUCAGCGGCGCCCCCUACAGGCCCGAGUCGGGUCAGCGCCAGGCCUGCAUGUACGCCAGCUCGUCUCAGUCCAGCGAGCCCGUGCCGAGCCUGGAGGACAUCAGCUGCAACACCUGGACGGGCGUGUCCCCGUACGCCGGCAUGCACCAGCCCUACCAGCACUUCUCCGCCCACUUCACCUCCGGCCCGCUGGUGUCCCGGCUGAGUGGCGUCUCAGGCCACGCCUCCCCGCAGCUGGGCGACGCCCACUCCAUGUACCAGAGCUCCAUGUCCCAUCAGCCACUGGGGCGCCAGUGCAGUCCGAGCGCGGGCAUCCAGUCGCCCGCUGGAAACGAGUACUUGUACACACACGCGCACACACUCUCCCCGCACCAGUACCACGCCGUGCACGUCAUGCCCGACUGGAACGAAGCCAGCUAACUGGAUCCCCAACGUGGAGGACGGCGCUUUAUGCAUAUUUAUAUCUUUUAUAUAUCCAGGCUGACUCGUGCCGUAAACAGCGGAGGACACAC